GUGCCACGUUGAUGGACAGCAGUGGGGACGUGGAAUUGUGUCCAUCUGCAGCCGGGCAAAUCUCAUACAUUACGCACAAACCUCUCGGAGAUCAUAAAGUUAAACUGUUAAUUCACUUUAACGCGCGUGUUUGUGCGUGGAUGAAUCUGUGCAUGACUGCUGGAAACACGACAAGACAAGGAUGAAGCUGAAAGAAAUUAACCGAACUGCUAUCCAGGCCUGGAGUCCGGCUCAGCAGCACCCCAUCUAUCUGGCAGCAGGUACCUCGGCACAGCAGCUCGAUGCCACCUUCAGCACUAAUGCAUCACUGGAGAUCUUUGAAUUGGAUCUGGCGGAUUCUGCUUUGGCCAUGAAGUCAUGUGGAUCUUUCUCUUCUCCACACAGAUACCACAAGCUAGUCUGGGGUCCGCAUGGCAUUGAAAACCAGGGCUUGCCAUCCGGCGUUCUCAUCGCUGGAGGGGAGAAUGGCAAUAUUAUCCUCUAUGACGCCUCCAAAAUUAUUGCUGGCGAUAGUGAAGUGAUCAUUUCACAGAGUGAAAAGCAUACGGGAGCAGUAAGAGCUCUUGACGUCAACUCAUUUCAGUCAAACCUUGUGGCGUCUGGUGGAAAUGAGUCCGAAAUCUACAUUUGGGAUUUGAACAACUUCAGCUCCCCAAUGACACCAGGACCGAAAACACAACCUCAAGAGGACAUCAGCUGUGUUGCGUGGAACAAACAGGUGCAGCACAUCCUGGCCUCAGCCAGUCCUAGCGGAAAGGCUUCAGUCUGGGAUCUGAGAAAGAACGAUUUAAUCAUCAAAGUCAGCGAUCACAGCAACAGGAUGCACUGCUCUGGUCUGGCCUGGAAUCCAGAGGUGGCCACUCAGCUGGUUUUGGCUUCUGAAGAUGACCGAAUGCCAGUGAUUCAAAUGUGGGAUCUGCGCUUCGCCACGUCCCCUCUCAAAGUGCUGGAGAACCACACAAGGGGUAUCUUGGCCAUAGCGUGGAGUGUAGCGGAUCCAGAACUCCUUCUGAGCUGUGGGAAAGACAACCGGAUCCUCUGCUGGAACCCAAACACGGCUGAAGUCCUGUAUGAGCUGCCCACGAGUACUCAGUGGUGUUUCGACAUCCAGUGGUGCCCUAGAAACCCAGCUGUUCUGUCUGCUGCUGCUUUUGAUGGCCACAUCAGUAUCUACUCCAUUAUGGGAGGAAGCAAUGACAACGCCAAUAAUUUGCAGGCUGAUCAGUUAAGUAGCUCAUUUGGAAAUAUGGAUCCAUUUGGGACGGGGAAGACAUUGCCACCGUUACAACUGCCCCAGCAAACGUCCCCCCAGAGCACCAUCACACCUCUGAAGAAACCUCCAAAAUGGAUCCGUAGACCAGUUGGAGCAUCUUUUGCUUUUGGUGGGAAACUUGUUACUUUGGACAACAUUAAGCCAACUGCUCAACAGCCCCAGCAGACUGCUGCUCAUGUUGUUCACAUCAGUCAGGUUGUGACGGAAACAGAUUUCAUUCAUCGAUCAAACCAACUCCAGACGACCCUAAAUGCUGGAAAUUUUCUUGAGUACUGCCAAAACAAGAUUGAAACUGUUCAGAAUGAAUUUGAGAGGACUGUUUGGUCAUUUCUGAAGGUAAACUUUGAAGAAGAUGCACGACUGAAAUAUUUGGAACUUCUAGGAUAUGAAAAGGAAGAGCUCGCCCUAAAGAUUGCAUCAGCGUUAGAAGGAAAUUGCAAACCUAAAGAGGCCGAUAUGGAUAAGGAGGAAGUCCUCGCAGAGGAAGAAGCAGAAUCCGACCUGGAUGAUAUUCCUGUUAACGAGGAAGAACCUGUUGUUGAAGAGACAUCCAACACAGAAGUUCCUCCUGCUCCAGCUUCAGACACCAUUAACCUCAAAGUUAGCCAGGAUAUUGAUGGACUGAUAACUCAAGCGCUGCUCACUGGUGAUUAUGAAGCUGCUGUUAAUCUCUGUCUCCAUGAUAACCGAAUGGCUGAUGGCAUCAUCCUGGCCAUUGCUGGUGGUCCUGAGCUUCUGGCAAAGACUCAGAGGAAAUACUUCUCCAAAACUGAAAGCAAAAUCUCCAAGCUUAUUAGCGCUGUGGUGAUGAAGGACUGGUUGGACAUUUUGGAAACCUGUGACCUCCAGAACUGGAAGGAAGCUUUGGCUGCGGUCAUGACUUACGCCAAGCCAGAGGAGUUCUCUGCACUCUGUGGUCUGCUGGGCUCCAGGCUUGAGUCUUCAGAGGACGUGGAGCUGCAGGCUCAGGCUUGUCUCUGCUACAUCUGUGCGGGCACAGUCGAGCAGCUGGUCUCCUUCUGGACCAAAACUCAGGAUUCCUGCAGCCCUCUGUCCCUGCAGGAGCUGGUUGAGAAGGUGGUGGUGCUCCAGAGAGCUGUGGAGAAAGCUCAGGGUGCGGUUCCUGCUGAUAUGGGUGCCCUGCUGGCAGAGAAGAUGAAUCAGUAUGCCAGUCUGCUGGCGUCACAGGGCAGCUUGCAGACAGCAAUAUCCUACCUGCCCACAAACACUGAACAGGUUUCUGUGCAGCAGUUGCGAGAGCGUUUAAGCAGAGCUUUAGGACAGCAUCAGCAUCCUCAACAGCCUGCAGCUGCAGUCACUGGCAUCCAGAAAAUGCAUCAGACGCGUCCUGCUGCUGUACCAAUGCAGACAUACUCACAACCUCAACCUCCUGCUCAGCCCGCUGCGCCUGCUGUACCUCCUCAGUAUUACCAGCAGGGUAGAUCCGCCACUACUGUCACAUCCUGGAGUAACCAAACCCCAACAGCUCUGCCCAGUGUCCCUCGCCAGCUAGUGCCCUCCUCUGACCCGCAGGGGGACUCCACACCUCCAGCCUUUGGCCUGCAGUCUCCAGCGAUGGCGUCUGUUCCUGCUUCCACUCCGUUCAUGUACUCGCAGCAGUACCAGAACUAUCCUCCUGUCCAGCAGUUCACACCCUCUGCCGGUACACCUGGCAUCUAUCAGCCUCUGCCGUACGCUUCCUCUGCCGGCGCUCCUCUUCCUCCUCCUCCUCCUUCUUCAUCCUCCUCUGCUGCUGUUUAUCCUCCUCAGUUCAUGCUCUCAGCCUCCUCUCAGGCUUCUGCGCCUCCUCAGUCCUUCUGUCCUCCUCCAGCCGUGUCUUCUGGAGGGUGUUUCCAGCAUGGUGGGCCCGGGUCGCCCACGUCUUACCUUCCUCCUCCAGGAGCCCGAGCUCCAGGUACUCAGCAUGAACCCGCACUGAUUCCAGCCUCCCAGAGAACAGAUGGAUUUUACCAAGAAACAGCCUGGGGUUUAGAAGGACCUCAGAAUGGCUGGAACGACCCGCCAGCCCUCAGCAGAGCAGCCAAAAAGAAGAAGAUUCCACAACACUUCACUCCUCCCGCACCCAUUACAGCGCCCAUCAUGGCCCCUCUGGGGGACCCUCAGGCCCCUGCUGGCAUGCAGACCCUUCAGCCCCAACAACAGGUGCCAGAUCAAUCCGCGGGUCCUGCCACCUUUACCCCCAUCCAGCAGCAGCCGCUGGGACCCAGGAAUCCCAGCAUGCCUCAGGGGAACAUGGAAGGUGCGCCCGGAGCUCCAAUUGGCGAUGUCAUAAAGCCACUUCAGGCCAUACCCACUGAGAAGAUCACCAAGAAGCCCAUCCCAGAGGAGCACAUGGUCCUGAAGACCACUUUUGAGGGACUCAUUCAGAAAUGCUUAACCGCUGCUUCAGAUCCGCAAACCAAAAGAAAGCUGGACGAUGCUCAUAAGAGGCUUGAGCUUCUCUACGACAAGCUGAGAGAACAAACAUUGUCUCCAGCUAUCAUCGGCGGUCUUCACAACAUGGCCCACAGCAUCGAGUGUCGCUCGUACGCCGACGGACUGAACAUACACACACACAUCGUCAGCAACAGCAACUUCAGCGAGACGUCCGCCUUCAUGCCGGUGCUGAAGGUCGUGCUAACACAGGCCAACAAACUUGGCGUUUGAUAGCAGCGUCCUGAAUGCCGCGCACGCUAACCAACAAGUAUUGUCAAAAUCCCUCAAGCCAUCAUUCCGCAAGGACCACUUGUGCAUAUAUAUGUUAUUUUGCCAGUCUGACCAGCAGAUUUGGUUUACAGAAAUGACUCGCGGUCGUUUCGUUUAAUUGUUGUCACAUGUAUUUUAAUGUUGUCAUUACAUAUUUGUAAUCAUGACAGAGCAGAGUGCAAUAGGGCUGUUAUGUGUCCCUCAUAUGUCUCGAGUUUAUGCGGAAAACGAGCUCGAUGAAAUGAAAUUUGUGUUUUAUGCUUUAAAUGGCCAGCUGACUUUGUUUUUUGUUGUCGAUUUUUAAGAUGUUUGAUUAUCACAGCUCCUUUGCAUUUCAAUUUAUUUUCAGGAAACGCAAGUUGAUUUACAUCAAGGCAUUAUUUCUGCUGAUAAAUCUGCCAACGUGGUCAAAUAUUUACGUUUAAUCAGGAUAUCUUCCGUCCAUUCCAUAUCCGUUUUCAAACAAAAAAAAAGGAAAACUAAGAAAAUGGCCGUUUUUUUGUUUUUGUUUUUUUGCUCACAAAAAACCCAAAAGACGAGAUUUUUCCUCGAUUUUUGUUUUUUUGGUUUAGGGUGGGAAAACAGAUAAACAACUUUAAAAUUCAUCAUUUACAUGUAGGCGGGGCUGAAAUGCAUUGUUCCUCUGAUUGGCCAAUCAAAUCUGAGCUUGUGACGUCGCUCUCAAAAUAAAAGUCCUCUGCAGAUCAGCACUCAGGCUUUUAAUUAUAUAUAUAUAUAUAUAAGUUUAAAUAUUCUAUCAUUUGAUCAGUUAGCAGGCUUACGUUUACAUGUGCAUAAAUUUGAUAAAAACGUUAAUUAGCAGUAUUAUUACACAUUUGUCAUUAAAAGAAGGUCAUAGUUCGCUGCCAGGCUUCUUGCUGCUAUGCACCUGACGCUGAGCAAAAAUUUGCAUGAUUGCAAAUGCAUGAUUGUUUCCGAGCAAUAAUAAUUAUAAUAAUAAUAAUAUAAAGUGACUAAGCUGAAAAGAAAAUGAAUGAAUAAAUCAUAAUAAUAUGCCUAUAGUUUGCGGCCAAACUUCUUGCUGCUGUGCACCUGACGCUGAGUAAAGAUUUCCGAGCAGAUCCUGGUAUGCAUGAUUGUUUUCGAGCAAGGCCUUUAUAAUGAAAAUAAUAAUAACAAUAUAAAGGGACUAAGCUAAAAAAAAAUGUAACUAAUGAAUAAAUAAUAAUAAUAUGUCUAUAGUUUGCUGCCAACUUCUUGCUGCUGUGUACAUGAUGCUGAGCAAAGAUAGCCAUUUCCAAGCAGCACCUGGUUUGCAUAAUUGUUUCAGAGCUACUGUAGGCCUAAAUAAUAAUAAUAAUAAUUAAUAUUUUUUACCUAUUUUUCUAUUGUUUAGUUUUUUAAUUGUUAGCAGGACUAGAUUAAGAACGCAAUGGGUCUUGGGGCUAUAACAAAGGGUACCAUUGGUUUUAAAUUUAUUUCCUCCUAUUUUAUUUAUACAUGUAUAUGUAGGACUUUUAUUUUGAGGCCGACAUCACCAGCUCACAUUUGAUUGGCCAAUCAGAAGAAAAGGGCAUUUCAGCACCGCCUACAUGUGUAUAAUGAAUUUUAAAAGUCGUUUAUCUGUUUUCCCACCCUAAACCAAAAAAAAUUUAAAAAUCGAGCCAAAAUCAAUUUUUACCCGUUUUUUGUGAGCAAAAGAAAAACCAAAAAAAUGUCCGUUUUCUAAAUUUUCCGUUUUUGUUUAAAAACAGAUAUGGAAUGGACAAAGAUAUUCUGAUUUCGUUUGUUUUAUUUGAGAUCUGAAGCGAUUUAUGUCAUGAUCGUGCUGCCUGUCUUUAUCGUACGCCAGAUCAGCUCAGACGUGUUGAGAAGUAAAAAAGGUCAGGCUACAGUAAAGGGAAUAUGUUAUUUUUAUAAUCACGUUUUCUUUUUUAAAUCUCAGUCUCAUCCAUUGGUCAUUCUAUCAGUCUCUGAGGAAAUUUACAUAUGGCUGCGCAAAUGUUUGGACGUUUGCUCUAAAACUGUGGGGGUUUUAAUGCAGUGGAUGUACUGUCUCAAUAAUUGAGGUUGUACUGUAAAUCUGACGACUGUUUUGCAGUUUUAUUAAAAACUAAUCGAGACA